AUGGCAAGCAACACCAUCCGCCUCGGCACCGCCUCCCCCGGCACGCAGGCCACCAAGGCCGCCACGCUGGAGCAGCUCGCCCUCCUCGCCCGCCGCGCCGCCUCGCAGCGCGUCGACCUGCUGCUCCUCCCCGAGGCCUACAUUGGCGGCUACCCGCGCGGCACGCACUUUGGCAGCGUCAUCGGCGAGCGCAGCCACGCCGGCCGCGAAGAGUACGCGCGCUACUUUGAGGCCGCCGUCGACCUCGGCGACACUACCGGCGAGGGCGGCGGCGGCGCUGGCGAUGCGUGGGUCAAGCGCCAGCUGGGUGGUGACGAUUCGGAGGAGAGUAGGAGGGGAGAUGGCACGCGCGAGGAGCUGGAGAGGAUCGCGGCGGAAACGGGUGUUUUCCUGGUGGUUGGGCUGAUUGAGCGCGCGGGCGGCACGUUGUACUGCGCGGUGGUGUAUGUCUGCCCGCGGGAGGGCACGCUGGGCAAGCGCCGCAAGGUCAUGCCGACCGGCACAGAGCGCCUCUGCUGGGGCCAGGGCAGCCCCAGCACGCUCCGCGCCGUGUCCACCACCAUCCGCGGCGUGCGCGUCAACCUCGCCGCCGCCAUCUGCUGGGAAAACUACAUGCCGCUGCUGCGGCAGGCGCUCUACGCGCAAAACGUCAACCUGUACCUCGCGCCCACCGCCGACAACCGCGACGCGUGGCUGGCGCUGAUGCGCACCGUCGCCGUCGAGGGCCGCUGCUUCGUCGUGACCAGCAACAUGUGUCAGCGCGACGACUCUCACGGCACUACCACCGCCACCACUAACAACAUGACUUCUGCUGCUGCUGCCGCCCCGCCUCCAUCACGACGUCGCAACUCCACAAUUACCGCCGAGGGGAAUGAGAUUGCGCUCCCUGCCGCUUCCGCGUCGUCAGGCAGCCCCUCCCGCCGCCGACGCAGAUCCGUCUUUGACGUCGACGGGAACGAGAUUGUCCUCUGCGAUUCGACGACGCCGGAGCCGGCGGGACCACCCACUGCGGCGGCGGUAACGCCCGCCGUCAACGGAGACGUGACGCCCAGAAAGACGGCCGGGGUGGCGCCCGGGUGGCUGUCGCGCGGCGGAUCGGCGAUUGUCUCGCCGUACGGCGACGUGCUGGCCGGGCCUCAGUGGGAGGACAGCGAGGGCCUGAUCUGGGAGGAUGUGGACUUUCGCGAGUGCAUCAAGGGCCGGCUGGACCUGGACGCCGCGGGGAGCUACUCGCGCAGUGACAGCUUCAAGUUUAGCGUCUCGGGGCUUAAUCUCGAUCCUCUGCCGUACUGA